AUGGUUCAUUUAGGUCCAAAGAAACCACCUGCCAGAAAGGGUUCCAUGGCUGACGUUCCACAAGAAUUGUUGAACGAAAUCCACGGUUAUGAAGGUGAUUUCACUGUCCCAGCUGAAAAAUUACAAGCUGUUACUAAACAUUUCAUUUCUGAAUUAGACAAAGGUCUAUCUAAGAAAGGUGGUAACAUUCCAAUGAUUCCAGGUUGGGUUAUGGAAUUCCCAACCGGUAAAGAAGCUGGUGAUUUCUUAGCUAUUGAUUUAGGUGGUACUAACUUAAGAGUUAUCUUAGUUAAACUUGGUGGUGACCGUACUUUUGACAGUACUCAAUCUAAGUAUAAGUUACCAGAUGAAUACAGAACUACUAAGAACAGAGAUGAUUUAUUCAAUUUCAUUGCUGUCUCCUUAGAUAAUUUCAUUAAGGAACAAUUUCCAAAUGGUGUCUCUAAACCUUUACCAUUAGGUUUCACUUUCUCUUAUCCAGCUUCUCAAGAUAAGAUCAACGAAGGUAUCCUACAAAGAUGGACUAAAGGUUUCGAUAUUCCAAAUGUUGAAGGUCACGAUGUUGUCGGUCUAUUACAAGAAAAGAUUACUGCUAUGAGCAUUCCAGUUGAUGUUGUUGCUUUAAUUAACGAUACUACCGGUACUUUAAUUGCUUCUCUAUACACUGAUGGUGAAACUAAGAUGGGUGUUAUCUUCGGUACUGGUGUUAACGGUGCUUAUUACGAUGUUUGUUCCGAUAUCGAAAAGUUACAAGGUAAAUUACCAGCUGAUAUUCCAAAUGAUUCUCCAAUGGCCAUUAACUGUGAAUACGGUUCUUUCGAUAACGAACAUGUUGCCUUACCAAGAACUAGAUUCGAUAUUCAAAUUGAUGACGAAUCUCCAAGACCUGGUCAACAAGCUUUCGAAAAGAUGUCCUCUGGUUACUACUUAGGUGAAUUAUUACGUCUAGCUUUACUAGAAACUCAUAAGAAGGGUUUGAUCUUCAAGAAUGAAGAUAUCUCUAAGUUGGAAAAGCCAUACAUUAUGGAUACUUCUUACCCAUCUAGAAUUGAAGAUGAUCCAUUUGAAAACUUGGAAAACACUGAUGAAAUCUUUGUUAAGGAACUUGGUAUUAACACUACUGUUCCAGAACGUAAGUUGAUCAGAAGACUUUCUGAAUUGAUUGGUACUAGAUCUGCUAGAAUUGCUUCUUGUGGUGUUGCUGCUAUCUGUCAAAAGAGAGGUUACAAGACCGGUCACAUUGCUGCCGACGGUUCCGUUUACAACAGAUACCCAGGUUUCAAGGAAGCUGCCGCUGAAGGUCUAAGAGCUAUCUACGGCUGGCCAAAGGGUGACGCUAAGUCUUAUCCAAUUCAAUACGUUAGUGCUGAAGAUGGUUCCGGUGCUGGUGCCGCUAUCAUUGCUGCCUUAACUCAAAAGAGACUUGCUGAAGGUAAGUCUGUUGGUAUCAUCGGUGCCUAG